AUGGGCACUGCAAAUACCUGCGAUGGUGACGCUUAUGCCCACAACCUCGCUGCCUUUAUUCGUGCACAUGAGCGUCAAUUAGCAAAUGCUCUACUGGCUUACAAAAAAUCUUCCCGUACAACAUCCAAUAAACGCAAACAGAAUUUGACUCGUGGUAAUAAUAGUAGCGCCAGUGUCACUGCUACGGCGCCUACGGCACUUCAAAUUACUAAACCCGUUCGUCUUUCAAUGUCUCUUCAUCACCUCUAUUUCCUUUUGGGGAAAUUCCAAGACUUGGGCAUCGACGUCGGACCCAUGACUAUUCGUCUAGACAACAUCGAUGCAGAGACCUCCGGCAACUAUGUCUCAUUUUUGAGCGAGUUUCAACGGAAGAAGCUGAUUUCAUCAGAUACACAGUCUAUUCAUUCGAUGUCCAGUGUGAAGUCUGUCAUGUCCAGUGUAUCUGCUCUAUGGAAUAGCCUCGGUAAUUCUUCUGGCAAAUAUAAUAAUAUCUCUUCGGAUCUUGAGUAUCUUUAUUCUGCAUUUACUAAGCUACCAUGUCUUCGACUCGCCAAUGAUCCCAAGGCUAAGAUGAUCGAGGGUCAUGAAGAGUACCCAUUCGAAACAGCUACUCCCAUCAAUAUCUUCCGGAACUUAGUCGUGCUCGAAAUCUGCGAGAUAGACCCGAAAGAGGUUUAUGGAUGGGACUUUCUAAGCGAAAACAUUCGUUAUCUUGUAGUUAAAAAGGCAGGCAUUACCAAUCCUCAGGACAUUCUUAUUGAUUUGGUUAACGAGGAUGCUGAAAAACGCUCAGGAAGUGUCCGUUCCGCAGAUUCGGCCAUUGUCGACGAUAUGCCACCUCCGGAAUCCAUUUCAAUAAUUAGGCAGUCUUACCCCUCGCCGAUUAUACAACCUUCUGGGUGUGCAGCUGCCACUGCUAUCAAGAUUUCCAUGUCUCCACCACCUCCAUCCUCAUCUUCAUCCUCUGUUUCAUUACGCUAUCAGCCGUUGACUCCUCUGCAAUCUUCCACACAACCAGUCGCUACCUCUUCUACACUUUCUUCCUCUACUCCAUCUUCCUAUUAUUCAGGUGUCAACAGAAUCCAUAGUUCUAUAGAGGAUCCUAACCGAAGACAGUAUUAUUAUUACCAGAAGCUUUCUCGCAACCGCAGGCCUCAUCGAUCGAACUCCGUGAUUAGUGAAGGUCGCCGUUCUCUUAUUUCGGACUUCAGUGAUGACAGAACUACCACCGCUGCUCUUUCUCCCGAAAGAUUUUCCGAAAAGGGCACGACGACAAAGCUACAUUCUGUGAACAACUGGAAACUGCUUAAACACCUUUCAUUUACAGAAAACUGCAUAUCAAAGAUCACUUCGGCAUCCUUCAGUCACAUUUCCAAUCUCUCGUCCUUAGAUCUAUCUUAUAAUCGGUUGACAUCCGUUCCUUCGGAGGCGCUUUCCAAGUUGCCCAACCUAAAGUCGCUCAAUUUGUCAUUCAAUCGGCUUAUAUCCGCACACGAUUUUCCUUCCAACAUGAAUAAGCUUGUUAUAUUGAACCUCCGUGGUAAUCGCUUGGUCGAUUUGGAGUCUAUCGACCGACUGAAGUCUUUGGAGAAGCUCGAUAUCCGCCAGAACAGACUCAAAAAGAUAGCCGGCCUCAAGCCGUUACUUAUGACUGGCUCUAACAAAGUUAUCCUUAAAGCAGUCUACUUGGCGGGUAAUCCGCUUUCUUCGAAUAGAGGAUAUCGGAUGGAACUUUUCAACUUGUUCAAUGGCAUCAAUUAUUCAAACAAUGUUAAGAUCGACGGAUCCAGGCCAGGAAUUUUUGAAAGUCGACUGCUUCUAGACCCCAAGAGCAGCAAAAUAAAGCUCCAUAAGUUUUUGGAUGCUAGUAUCAUCAGUAAAAUGACGGCUAGUGUAUCUAGCAUGAACCUUCGCAAGGUUAUUAUGAUGACAACGACAACGACAACAGGUAGGCGCGGGAUGACUUCUCGAACGCAACCUGAGGCUGAUAAAAUGAACGACAAAUUGGAGGAAAAGCCUGUCUCCAAGUUUGAGUCUUUGAAGGCGCCUUCAAAGAUAAGGACGACGACGAUGACGGCGACGCCCACUAAAGGAGACACAAAAAAGAGACCAGAAAGUUCGGUGAACGUUCCUUUGAACACCAGCACCACCAUAGACACCUCAUCACCUCUUACUGAACCCCAUUCGGUGCUCGCACCAAAUCGAAAUGUUAUAAACACUAAAAUUCCUUUGGCACAGUUGCAAAAGCCCUUUGGCUCCAACAUCCGUCCUCCUACCAAUAGAACUUCCACAUUGACUAGCCUAUUAGAUCACAUGUCAGAUAAAGAGACAUUAAAGUCGGAGGAGUCGACAACGAGAGGAGAUGCAUCUACUAUCUCUUCACGACGAGCAUCUCAAGAUUCUAAUCCUAUCAAUAGGAUUUCAAUUGCAUCUCCAGCCUUGCCUGUGAUUACCCAAACAACCACAAUGACAACUAGCGUGACGUCCAAUCCAAUUGCCACACCUACGAAGCCUAAACAUGAAAACCCACCACAGACUGACGACAGCUUGAAGAUUGAACCUGCCAUUUUAUAUUUAAUCGACAACAGUCCGCCUGCGUUCUCUUAG